AUGAUUGAAUCUCCCAAACACAUGCUACGGGAUCUGAUCAAGACAAAGGACUGGUCAGCAGAGGAAGAAGAGGAGGAAGAAGAAGAGGAGGAAGAGGAGGAGGACAGCGAGAAGGAAGAAGUUCAGCCUAGAGAUUUCUACCACCCUUGGGGUUAUACAAUCCACCAUACAUGCUACACGCCUGAGUCGCAAUCGCGAUGGGAAUCUUUAAUCAAAGCGAUCCUACUAGGAGUCGAAGGAACCAUCCCGGGAUUGCGCAAGGAUGAAACACCGCCUAGAUCUCAACUGUUGCUCUCUCUCUCUUUCGCCUAG